AUGAGCCGUUCACUCUGCCUCCCUCUCUUCUCAUCAUCAGCAUCACACUUCCAACAGGACCAUGUCGAUGUCUCGCCAAACAACUUACAAAAAAACCUUCAGUACUGCUUCUGCUGUUCCAUCAGUGGCAAACCGUAACAGCUUCAGCUCUGUCUCUAUCAAUCGCUCUGGCGGAGGGGGUGCCAGCCGGGCUAGCUCUGGGGGCUUUGGCAGCAGAAGCCUCCAUAAUGUUGGAGCAAACAAAAGAAUUUCCCUAAGUUCUCAGUCCCGUUAUGGAUAUGGCUCUGGGUUUGGUGGUGGAGCUGGUAGUGGAGCAGGCUUUGGUAUGAGCUCUGGCUAUGGUGCUGGUCAAGGAUUUGGUGGUGGUCAAGGAUUUGGUAUUGGACAAGGAUUUGGUGGUGGACCUGGAUUUCCAGUGUGCCCACCUGGAGGAAUCCAAGAAGUUACAAUUAAUCAGAGCCUUUUAGCCCCUCUUAAUCUGGAAAUUGACCCAACCAUUUCAAGGGUACGCACAGAAGAAAGAGAACAGAUCAAGACUCUCAACAACAAGUUUGCAUCCUUUAUUGACAAGGUGCGUUUCUUAGAACAACAGAACAAAGUACUGGAAACCAAAUGGAGCCUCUUGCAAGAACAGGGAGUCAAAACAGUUAAAAAUAAUAUUGAGCCCCUCUUUGAAACCUACAUUAAUAGACUGCGAAGGCAGCUAGAUGGAAUAGGAAGUGACAAAUCCCGCUUGGAUGCAGAACUAAGACAAAUGCAGGAUGCUGUAGAGGAUUUCAAGAACAAAUAUGAAGAAGAAAUUAACAAGCGCACAGCUGCAGAGAAUGAAUUUGUGGUGCUUAAAAAGGAUGUGGAUGCUGCCUACAUGAACAAAGUAGAACUGGAAUCCAAGGUGGAUGCUCUGAAUGAUGAGAUCAACUUCUUGAGGGCACUGUAUGAAAUGGAACUCAACCAGAUGCAGGCACAGAUCUCAGACACACAAGUUGUUUUGACAAUGGACAAUAACAGAGCUUUGGACCUUGAUGGCAUCAUUGCUGAGGUCAAGGCUCAAUAUGAGGAAAUCGCAAACAAAAGCCGCCAAGAAGCCGAGUCCUGGUAUCAAAGCAAAUACGAGGAGCUCCAGGUCUCUGCUGGAAGACACGGUGAUGAUCUCAGGAACACAAAGACUGAAAUCUCAGAGCUAAACCGUAUGAUUAACAGACUGCGCUCUGAAAUCGACAACGUGAAAAAACAAUGUGCCAAGCUGCAGAGCUCUAUUGCUGAAGCCGAGGAACGUGGGGAGCUUGCAGUGAAAGAUGCCAAACACAAGCUUUCUGAGUUGGAGGAUGCUCUGCAGAAGGCCAAGCAGGACAUGGCUCGCCAACUGAAAGAGUACCAGGAUCUGAUGAAUGUUAAGCUGGCCCUGGAUAUUGAAAUCGCCACCUACAGGAAACUGCUAGAAGGAGAAGAGAGCAGGUUGUCAGGAGAAGGUGUCCUACCUGUAAAUAUCUCUGUGGUGAGUUCAUCCUAUGGUACCAGUGGCGGAUCAGGUUAUAGUUACGGAGCUGGAGGUGGAAGUGGAUUCGGUGCUGGCUAUGGAGUUGGAGGCGGAAGUGGAUAUGGUGCUGGCUAUGGAGUUGGAGGUGGAAGCGGAUUCGGAGCUGGUUCCGGAAGUGGAUAUGGUGGUGGUGUAGGUGGAGGAAGUUUCAGUUCUAACAGUGGAAAAAUGGCAAAUUUUGGCUCAGGAAGUGGUAACAACUCAAGUGUAAAAAUUAUGCAAACAACCUCCACAAGUUCCAGGAGGUAUUAAAAUGUUAAAUAUUGCCACAUGGCAGAUAUCCCCAAUGUCACCUAAUGCCACUUUACACAUUAUGGGCUGUGAUCAUAAAAAUAAAACCAAUAUGCUCUGUAUUAAGUUGUUAACAGUGUUCAGGUUAAGCAUGAGACCUCAUGGGGGAGAUUCAAAUGUUUGAAAAGUCAGUUGGGAGUCUUUUUUUCCCUAUCUAAUAGACAGGAAAAAACAGACACCCAACCGACUUUUCAAACAUUUGAAUUCCACCCCAUGAAUGCGUUUUGGUAUCAUAAAAGAUACAUAUUGUACUAAUUAACACCUAAUCAGUCUAACUUGAUCCAUGCCAUUCACAACCAGCAUAAAAGAAAGUUUCAGAAAUGUUUUGCCCAUAAAGUUUACUGACCUUUUAAAAAUCUUGGACAUGAAUUUACAACAACCAGUAGGACAAUUCAUUCAUUGCUUACUUGAUAACUUGUCAGACGCGUUUCAUGCUUCUAUAAAGCAGGAUGUGCAAUUUCGCUGUCGCUUAAUUUUAAGACUUUUCAAAUAUCUUCUGUGUUAUAUACUCUGUAAUAAACUGCAAUCAUUCUUAACA